AUGGCCAUCAAAGUGCCCCCGGGCCAGUCGCCGCCUUUCGAGACGAUAGACGACAAGCAUCAUGCCGGGAUUAUUAUCAUAAUAGCCGCCAUCUGCUUGGUGAUCUCGCUGGUCAGUCUGUUGAUCCGAGUGUAUGUGCGGAAGUUUCUUAGUCCGUCAUGGGGAUCAGACGAUAUAAUCUUGCUGGGCGCCACGAUUACUGCGGUCGCCGAGUCAAUCAUUAUAUUUCACUCCUCGAGUAUCGGAUUCGGGACCGAUAUAUCACUGGUGGCUGAAAAUGCCGUCAAUCGCAUACAAAAUUCCCUCGUUACUGCCGACAUACUCUAUCUAUUAACUCUUUACCUCUCGAAAUGCUGCGUUAUCGCUAUCUACCUGCGGUUAACCCCGCGGGAGCGCCACAAGAGCUUUCUGUGGGCGACAUUAGGGUUGAGCACAGUGGGUGUUAUUGUUUCAGUGCUGGUUAUCUCGGUCGACUGCGAGGGAAAUAAGCCGUGGGCUAUACCUGGCGUACAGUGUCAGAACCUAUUCGCCCGCUGGCAAGCGAUUGCCGCGCUUGACAUCUCAACCGAAAUUCUACUUUUUACUUUCAGCAUCGCUCUGGUUUGGGGUCUACAGAUGCAUAAUUCACAUAAAAUCGUGAUCAUAGUAUGCUUUGCAGCUAGACUACCGCUAAUAAUAUUUUCGUCACUUCGUCUCUCCGCCCUCAGAGAAUACGCAGCUACUGAAAAUCCUACCCUCGCCGCAAUUGGCCACACAGUCUUCACCCAACUCCAGCUCAACUAUUCGCUUAUAGCAUGCACGGUAUUUUGCCUACGCCCCUUCAUGAGCGCCCUCACAACCCACUACGGCACAGCCGGCGAUUCCAACCUCGGCAGCAGUAGCGGUGGUUACGGUUACGGGUAUGGAUCCGGGAGACAGGGAAAUACCGACCCCUACGCCUCGGGGCGGUCGCGGGAUUAUGAGAUGGGAAGAGUGAUGGGGCGGGCCGUUCGCCGAGCAAGUGGGGUGUUUAGGGAUAGACCAGAUGUGACCGAUGGGAGGGGCAAUAAGACAGUUGUCAGUGAGGCUGCGAGGCCGGGGCACUCGAGGGAGGGAGGCAGCAUACACAGUGGAAGUGAUGGAAGCACAAGGAUGAUUAUCCGGAAGGAUGUAGAAUAUUCUGUUUCAGUGGAAAACUGA